UCAGUGUUUGUGUGUGUCACGGCUGCAGUGACACACAACCUGCAACGCAACGCAACGCAUCUCCUCCUCCUCAUCGACCAGCUCCAGCGGUGUCGGAGCGGAUUACGUGUCCGGAGCAACCUCCUCAUCCCCCGCUCCAUGGCCAUCGCCGCCCUCUUCCCCCUGGGAGGUAACCUUCAAAGCACAGCGCCCAGCACAAUGGACGACCAGCCGAGUGAUGGAGACGGACAGAAUGAAAGGACAUGCUCUCUUCAGUGUGAUUAGAUGAAGGGGACACCUUCGUCAGACCGAUGCAGCGAGAAGAAAAAUAACUACCUUAAAAAAAAAAAAGAGGACCUACUGAUCCACUCUCUCUCAGCAUAGGGCUCAUGUGCUGACCGCCGAUCAGCGUGAUGCUGGUGAUGAGUUGCCCAUCCACAGCCAAUGAGCCAGAGAGCUGCAGCGGUGAGGGGAGCAGCGGCACCACCUCCGAACUGUCCUCUAUGUCUGGACACUCCACUUUACCUUCCCUCAGUGGCAGCCCAGACACCUCCAAGCACCAGGCCCCCCCUCCUCCUCCCCUGCCUCCCCCACCCCCGGGCGCUCCCCCUCCUCCGCCACCCCCGGCGACCACGGGCCACAAUGGCAGGAAGAAGCGUCGCGUGCGCAGCUUCUUCUGGAAGCCGAUCCCGGAGGAGAAGGUGCACGGGAAGCCCAACAUCUGGACCAUGGCGGUGCGGCAGCAGCAGUACCAGAUCGACGUUCGCACCGUGGAGGAGCUGUUCGGGCAACAGGAGGAGGCGCUGUCCGGCGUACGAGGGGCAACGCCGGCCAAUGGGACGUCGGCUCGUUUGUCCCGAACCCGCUCAUUCAAGGAGAACAGCAAGGAUGAGAUCAGCAUUCUUGACUCCAAGCGGGGGAUGAAUAUCGGCAUUUUCCUGAAGCAGUUCAAGAAGUCCAACCGCUCCAUUGUGGAAGACAUUCGACGAGGAGAAGGGAAGAUUUACGGGGCGGAGCCGCUCAAAGACCUGCUGAAGCUGCUUCCUGAGGCAGAGGAGAUCAAGAAGCUGCAGAUGUUUACAGGCGACCCAGACAAGCUGACGCUGGUCGAUUCCUUUAUGUUCCUCCUGAUCCAGGUGCCACGGUUUGAGGUCCGGAUCGAGGCCAUGGUCCUCCAGGAAGAGUUCGUCCCUUCCUGCGCCGUGAUGAGCCGCGAGAUCGAUGCCGUUCGCGUCGCUACUAAAGAGCUGCUGAGCUGUGAGGAGCUUCAUGCCAUCCUUCAUCUGGUGCUGCAGGCCGGGAACAUCAUGAAUGCUGGUGGAUACGCAGGAAACGCUGUGGGAUUCAAACUCUCCUCCCUCCUUUCAUUGGCCGACACCAAGGCCAACAAGCCGGGGAUGAACCUGCUGCACUUCGUCGCCAUGGAGGCAAAGAAAAAAGACGAGAACCUGCUCAAGUUCCCGGAGAAACUUCAGGAUGUUCAGAGUGCUGCCAGAAUCUCGGUGGAAAACAUCGAGGUGGAGUUUUCUUCUUUAUACGUUCGGAUUAAAACUCUGGAGGAAAAGGUUCAAGGAGAUCAGGUGCUGCUGCAGCAGCUGGAGCCAUUUCUGCAGAGUUCAGCAGAGACUCUUCAGGACCUGAAGAGACGCAGGCUGGAGCUGCGUAAACAAGGAAACACUCUCAUCGACUUCUUUUGUGAGGACAAGGACACGUUCAAGCUGGACGAGUGUUUCCGCAUCUUUCAGGACUUCUGCUUUAAGUUCAAGAAAGCUGUUAAGGACAACUUGGAUCGCGAGGAGAAGGAAGCGGCUCGACAGCGGCGUCUGAGGGAGCUGGAGCAGAAGCGUUUUGCGUGGUCGGGUGCGGAUCCGAGCGGGGGGUUCGGUCGCAGCAGCAGCGAGAACGACGUGGAGAUGCUCACCAAGGAAGGCCUCUUGGAUCUGUUCCAGCAGAGGUCUCAGAGUCCACACACCCCGCUGGGACGCUCUGCCAGCGCCCGCCGCCACCGGCAUACCAUGACCUCCAUAGCCGACCGUGAACUCCAGGGAUACCUUGAGCUGUUUGGCGGCGCCGGGACUCCCGCUGACUGUUCCAAGUUUAACAGCCUACCACGGUCGGGCCGCCCCGUGCAGCGGAGGACGACCCCCUGGAUCUCGGCGCAGGAUGACAACCGUGAGUUAGGCUGCGACAGACUGGUGACGCCUCCAUGUGCACAAACUGAACCAAUCAGCCCACUGGCGAGGUUCUCCUCUUCUGGGUUAAAUGGUAACGAGGAACCCGGCGACAACAACAAUCGUUACUCGUCUGUGUCUGAAGGCAGCGCGCUGCCGCGAUCCUAUUGUGUCUUUCAGAAGCCCAGCCCAACAAUCUGCAGCCACAUGAACGUUAGCGUGGAGAAGCACACUCUAAUCCGAGUUCCUCAAGCCUUCGAGCUGCCUAGUCCAGCCAGUAACAGUAAUCAUGUGCACUUUGUCAAUCAGGGGGAUUUAGUGGUGACAGAUUUGGAAAAGGAGAGACGGAUACCCCCCAACAGUCUGGACAACUUUCCAGGUGACAAACUUUUAGAAAGAGGAGCAGAUCCCAAGGAAGCAUGGGAAAGUAAACCGGAUCCUCCCUCACAGCCCGGGUCCUCUCCUGAAGAAGAGGACAACAGCACCUUUUCCUCUACCACCUGUGACACACCCCUCCCGCUCGAUACCUCGCCAUCCAAUAGGAAGCCAGUGUUUUACAUAGUCGAAUGCACAGAGACGGACUGCUCCAUCGCCCUGGAUUACUCUGAGGCCGAAAGCUCGUCUCUAGCUAAAGAGGGGCGUCACUUCACAACGCCGGAACGCAACAAAGAUGAUGAGAGCCAACAAGAUCCAAGCUCUCUGUCCUCGAACUUAGAUUCUACCAACAACCAGUCUGUUUCCACCAAUGAGCUUUCAGCACCGAAAUCUGUGGACGCAACAUGCGUGACGACGUCUUUGACCACGGAGGAGUGGGACACGGAGAGCUGCGACACGGCCGAGGGAAAACAAGGUGCAGUGAAAGAUGCGCCGAGCAGCAGACAACCGGUGCAAGCAAAGAGUAAAGCUAACAAAGCUGCAAAGAGCGGUGGAGUUCGUGUAGUGCGAACGCUCACGAACAGCGAGAGCCAGGGCAUGAGGAAGGUCGUGCCCAUCGGCAGGCCCACGAGGACGGGGGGCGGCAAGGGCGCAGAGAGAACUUUGGCGAAAGAGAGCGGGGAGUCCCAGCGUCCUCUCCGGGACCAGAGCACGCCAGCGAGAGGAAGGAGCGAGAAGGCAACACGACCUCCUCGACCUUCCAGUCUGCCGCCCAAUGAGAUGAAAGCUCAGAUGGGAAGUAGCCUCACCGGUGGCAUUUCAAGGUGGGCGCGCGAUGCAAUGCCAAGGAAGGCCUCCCUCCACAAGCCGAGCGCCAAACCGCUGAGGAACAUCCCCAAACCUGUUCCAGAGGAGAAAAUGUGCCGCUCAACGAUGAGAGCCUUUGCCCAGGCUCAGGCUCAGGCUCAGGCUCAGGCUCAGGCUCAGGCUCAGGCUCAGGCUCAGGCGCAGGCGCAGGUUCAGGCUCAGGUUCCGGUUCAGGUUCAGGCGCAGGGCGGGGCUUCGUCCGAGAACAGCAGCUCGCACGCCCUCAGCGUAAAGAACACCUCCGAUGUCCCCAGCUUCGCCCGAAACACCGUGGCUUCCACCUCCAGAACCAAGAAUGAGCUGGCACCCCCCUCCGUCCCCUCCACGCCGUCUCGCAGCCCCUCCCUUGUAGGUCGUAGGCCCUCCGUGAAGCAGAACAGGUUGUCGCCCACGGUUCACGCCGGCGAGGAGCGGCCUCAAGGGACAAACCUGCGGCGUGUGCAAAGCGUGAGGGCCACGAGUCGGAGCUCCUACCGCAGCGAGACCCCGCCUCCAUCCCGCGAGGACAAUCGUAAGACGAGCAGCUUUUCCGAGAAGUCGAUGGCGACGCCGAGCAGGAGCGCGAAACCGGGCUGGAAAUAAAACCUGGCCCAGUGGAGACUCUCCCCCCUGAGCUCCAUUUAGAUUCAUCUCCUGACGUCUCGUUUUCAUUUGAUGCAAAAGACGAUCUCACCUCGAUGCUCCGUACCCGACUCGGCGUUCGGUUUACGAAUUGCAAGAUGCAAUGAACUCCACCACAUUUUGUUCAUUCACAACUUCCUUC